GAAUGGAAGCUGGUUGAAAAGUUCAAUUAAUGGCUGUUCCAGCUAUAGACCCCCAUCACAGUCAUUCUUUUAUUCGUCAUCUUGGGGAAGCAUUUUGCAGAAAGGAUCAGUACUUGUUGACAUUCCGCUUGUUGAUCAGAUCUUUUAUGGGGAUAGAAUAAAUAGGUACAAGGAGGCUUUGAGAACUUUGAGAGUAAUGUUUGAAUAUGGGGAGGCCUGUCAGUUUAUUGGGAAGCAUUUCAUGUAUUUGGCAGCUUCAUCCACUUUAAGCAAAGACAAUGUACUCUCCAUACUUAAUUUCAUCAGAUUUCUGAGAGAAAAACUCCUUUCUCCCAAAGAAUUCAUAUCCAGUAUCAAAACAGGAAGAUGGCUGAGGACAUGUGGUGGUGACAGAUCUCCAGAUGGCGCUGUCCUAUUUGAUCAGCAGUGGAAAACUGCAUCACUAAUCAGUGAUAUCCCUUUUAUUGAUGAUGACUACUAUGGUCAGGAAAUUUUUAGUUUCAAAACAGAACUCCAGUUGCUUGGUGUUGUAGUUGGCUUCAAUGAGAAUUGUCAACUUGUGGUUGAUUACUUGAAACCGAGUUCCUGCUUAACUUAUUUAAAUGCUGAGGCAUUUCUCUUGAUUUUAAGAUGCAUGCGGCAUUUAAGAUCCAGUGAUAAGCUUAUUGCAGCACUCAACAAUGUUAAGUGUUUGAAGACAAAGCAGGGUUACAGAUAUCCAUAUGAAUGCUUUCUGUCUGAUCCUGAAUGGGGUGGCCUCCUACAGAUUUUCAAUUCUUUCUCGAUAAUCGAUCAUGAUUACUAUGGAAGUAGCAUCUUCUCCUACAAAGAUGAGUUAAAGAAACUGGGUGCCAUGGUGGAUUUUAAGGCUGCAAAGAAAGCUUUUGCUUUGAUUUUUAGGCAGAAGGCAUCUUCAUAUUCUAUUGGGAAAGAACAUACAAUGACAUUUCUUUCUUUUUACAGAAAGCUGAACGGAACUCAUACAUUUCAGCCAGAGUUGAGGAAUUGCAUCCGUGAGGUACGUUGGUUACGGACCCGUCUUGGUGAUUUUAGAUCUCCAAAAGAUUGUGUGUUAUUUGGUCCAGAAUGGAAAUCUAUCUAUCCAAUUACUGUCAUUCCUUUCAUUGAUAGCAGUGACAAAUAUUAUGGGAAGGACAUUUAUGGCUAUAAAGAUGAGCUUAAGAGCAUGGGAGUUGUUGCUGAAUUUAAAAGUGGUGUGCAGUUUGUGGCCGAUGGUCUCUGUUUUCCUCAGGAUCCUUGCCGCAUAACUCCUGCAAAUGCUCUUUCUUUGCUUAAAUGUGUGGGUAUUUUAUUAGAAAAGGGGAAUGGCCCCUUACCAGAGGGGUUUCUGAAAAAAGUUUCCACAAAAUGGUUAAAGACCAAAUCCGACUAUUUGAGUCCUGAUGAGUGCUUAUUGUUUGACAACAGUACUGGCUUAGAGCAGGCAGAUGGGCCUUUCAUUGAUGAAGAGUUUUACAGUCCUGAUAUCAGAUCCUACAGAAAAGAGCUCAAUGCUAUAGGAGUCAUUGUUGAUGUAGAAAAGGGAUGCAAAUUGAUUGGAAGCCACCUCUCUUCCCAUUAUGAGUUUUCAACCAUCACUCGAAUAUACAACUUUUUGAACAUGAAGGGAUGGAAACCUGACAGUGAGGCAACAAGAAAAAUCUGGAUCCCUGAUGGAAGCAGUGACGGCAAUUGGGUUGACCCAGAUGAUUGUGUUCUACAUGACAAAGAUGAUCUCUUUGGUUCCCAGUUGUAUGUUCUGGAUAAAUAUUAUGAGAAUGAAGUACCUCUGCGAUUUUUCUCCACUGUGUUUGAGGUUAGAUCCAAUCCAUCACUUGAUGAUUAUUGCACAAUUUGGAACAAUUGGGAAACUUCAGGAGCAAAGUUGUCAAAUGAUGAGUGUUGUGCAUUCUGGGGGUAUGUUAAGAGGCACCAGAGUUCGAAAACAGAAAAAAUGCUUGCCAAAAGGUUGGUGAAGUUGCCUGUGGAUUCUGGUUCAGAUGGAGUAUUGUUGUUUAACAAGCAUGAUGUUUUUAUUGGUGAUGACCUUCAGCUCAAGGAUCAUUUUGUCUUGCACUCUCCUCAUCCACUCUUUGUUUGGUAUCCUCAGCCAAGCUUACCUUCUUUGCCACGGACCAAGUUGACUGAAUUAUACAGGAAUAUAGGGGUUCGCACGUUGUCUGGAUCUGUGCAGAAGGAGGAAUCAUCAUCGACAUAUGGCUUGGAACUUAAGCAGGUUAAUCCAAGUGAUGUUUUGAUUGUCAGAGGGCUGAUUAGACUUCUUCUUGGCUUUCUAGCAGGUCCUUUAACAAUGGAAGCAGGAGAAAGGCAUAAAGCAGUUCAGGGCCUCCUCAAUGUCACUGUAUUUGAGACUUCUGAACCUGCUACUUUGAGUUAUAGUCUAUCUCUGUCCUCUGGGAAAAUCUUAAAUGUGAGAGUACGCCAAAUGAUACGUUGGGACAGAGAGAGCUCAAAGCUUUACACAGUGAAGAUUGAUGGGACAGCCAAUCAAAAGAUUCUACUUGAAUAUGCUUCAUCGUUCUCUGAAGAAAUAGCCAAGGGAGUACUUUGGGAGAAAGAAGAUCACAUAAAUUCACUUUCUGAGCUGAUCAAGUUGGCAUUUCUUCUCAAAUUUGAUGAAGAAGCCGUUGGUUUCUUGUUGAAGUCAAAGAAUUUGCAAGUUUUUGUGGAGGACGAGGAGUUCCUGUCAGCAGCCUUCCCUUGUGAGUAGGCAUGGCAUAUAUAUAUGAAGUAUGGCUUGGUGAAGAAUAUGGUAGUUUGUAAUAUCAGGCUUGUUUGUAAGAACCAAGCCAGUGACUCAGUUGGCUCAGUCUGAUUGUCAACAAAUAUAUCAUAUAUCUAUGUGUGCUGUUACCUCAUACCUGAGUGGUCUUUUGAGCUGAGUUAGUGGUCUUAUAUCUUAUAUCAAUGUGUGCAGUACUGUCCAUGAAUAUUGUGAUGCAAUUAUUGAAUAUGAACAUUAAACUUGUGGUUUCUUUCUGCAUCAGUACCUGAAAUGAUAAAGCUGUUUAUUAAGUAGUAGUAAGUAUUCAAGAGAAUUGAUCUCACUUUUUACAUUUACGUUCAAGAAUAGAGAUUGAUUCUACGC